AUGGAACAAUUGCAAAAACACUACUCACUCCAAAGCCCCGACAACGGCUUUGAAGGCAAAUCUCUGUAUGAGAGCUGGAACGAGAAAAGUCCUUCCCCCGAGUUCAGUGGCAUACCCAGGAUUAGCAAGUUGGGAUCUGGUAAUGAUUUUGAGGUGUUCUUCCAAAGACUUGGGAUUGCCUCAGGCAGAGCACGAUAUACGAAAAAUUGGGCAAUACACAAUUUCAGCAGCUAUCCACUGUAUCACAGUGUCUAUGAAACAUAUGAAUUGGUGGAAAAGUUUUAUGAUGCAACUUUUAAGUAUCACCUCUCUGUGGCCCAGGUUCGAGGAGUGAUGGUAUUUGAACUAGCCAAUUCCAUAGUGCUCCCUUUUGACUGUCGAGAUUAUGCUGUAGUUUUAAGAAAGUAUGCUGACAAAAUCUAUACUAUUUCACUGCAACAUCCACAAGAAAUGAAAACAUACAGUGUGUCAUUUGAUUCACUUUUUUCUGCAGUGAAGAAUUUUACAGAAAUUGCUUCUAAGUUCAGUGAGAGACUCCAAGACUUGGACACAAACAAGUAUGCUCUACAUAUAUAA